AUGACAGCCACUGACCGUCUCGAAUGUCCACUGCUGCGCUGUCGCAAGAGGUUCCCAAACCACGAGGCUAUGUUGAGGCACCUGUACAGCUGCGAUCAGCUCUCUACUGGCGAGUACUGGUGUUACGAAUGUGGAAAGGCCGAGAAGUUCACCGAUGGGAAGUGCAAGCGCUGUCUUGGCCACCCAGGAAAGAGACGUAAGAUCAUGUCCGUCGCAAAGAACUUCUUUUCUUCUUUGGGGCAGAAGUCUAGGAACCAGGAUAUGCGAGACCUCGACAUGAAGAACGUAUCCGAAAUCGCCAUCGUUCCACCGCCAAGCUACGAUUCUUGUAUUCAGCCUCAGCAGGUCGAGCUAUCAUCAUGCUCCGAAAUCUUGGAGAUCGAUUCCCUUGAGGUGUCUCUUCCAACGCCGACGAAUGUCCAUCACGACAUCAUGGAGACCACGCCAGCAGUAUCUAUGGUCAUGGGAACGGCAGGCUUGGAAUCCACCAUGUCCGUGAUGCCUGACCUCUCGUUCGACUGGCCCUUGCCAACCGGCCUCAAUGAAAGUGAAAACGUCACCGGCAGAUUCGACAGGCCAUCGUUGUCUCUACACACCCACGGUCUUGAGCAGCAUCGGAGACAGCAUCAUCCUACCACUCGAGCCAAGAAUCUUUCCCCGAGCAAUUCACUUAGAUCGAACGCGAGCACCGACACGACGGCUAGCUACCUCGUUUCUCCCGCCUCCGCCUUCAGCGGUGCCUGGACGACUGCCGAGACUAGCCUCACUUCACCAACGUCUGACGGCAGUUCCGGUGGGUUACUCUCUCGCGGUUGCUCCAAUGCAAGCCGCUACUCGAACUAUAGCGUACCGCCACAUGCCUUCAUCUCGGAACUUCCAGCAGACGAUAUCAUGCUCCAGCCACUUCCCACGACUCUUCCAGACGAUCUGAACUGCGACCAGCGGCUGCCCCUUCUGGACACGUCGAUUGCGGCACUGCAUUCGAGCGAGAGCAGCGCCGUCGUUUACGAAAAGACGCCCAACGCUUCGACCUCUGUGGCAAAAGCAACAGAGAUGACCAUGCCUGUUUAUGCUGUCGACGCAAACUCCCUUGUCGAAUCGACAUGGGAUACGCUGAAGACUCACAUCAGCUCAUCCUUGGAGAAGCUGCAACACCUCUCUCACAACCCUCUUGUGGGACAGCUACAAAGCUUAUCACCACAGGAUGUAGCCAACAGGGGUCUUGUUACACUCAAGGUUCUACUCGAGGGCAUACAGCCAACAAGCAGCAUCGACAUGCUCUGCUUCGUCCACGUUACCUACUCACUUUCCCUCAUAGUCCACGAGGACGACGCUCGCAACCGCUCAAAGCAGCUCUUUGCUCAAGCCUUCCGUUGCAGUAGCUUGCUUGUAGCGUGGGAGCGAACAGACUACGCCGAGGUGGCAUCGGCGAUUUGGCAACCUUUGGACUUGUCACCCAGUGAAUUGGACGAGCUGUUAUUGGAAGGACACGAAGGUACAGUCUCCAGAUCGUCCAGCCUGAAGGGAAAGGAGCGAGCCUCUUCAGGAGCGAGACGCCGGCCGGAAGAUAAUACCUUGUUGGAAGUGGCGCGCUUCUUCUUGGACGAGCUGGAACAUGCCGCUUUGCCGAGCAAGGAUCUCGAGUCGAGCGAGGUUCUUGGCUCGAUUCUCUGGACAAAGCACUCCACGGAUGCCACCAACAGCUUGACCGUGAAAGAGAGCCUAGCCGCGACUUUCGGAACGUUGCGAAGCGAGAUUCAUCGAGACUUUGGCCAUACACAGGGCCUUGAUUCGAAGAUCAAGCGUAUCCAAAAACGCAUCGACAACGGCAGUGUUCGCAGCGCAAGGAGGGCGGAGCUGGAGCUGAUACAAGCUGGCAAGGGAUGCGUGAUAGUACAAGAAUACUUUGAUAGUUAUGUCCCCAAGGUCAGAGAGCUCCUCGAUGGUCUCUACAAUCAGCACAUACUUGGGGAGAUGCCACGAACGAGAUACUAUGUCCACGGUAUUGAUCUGAUGCAAACCAUCAUCUCCAGCAUCUGCGAAAAGGAGGCGAUCAAACAUGCCAUACAUGACGCGACCGAGACAACCGGCGAGGCGGCUCUAGAAGAGUUUAUCAGGAAUACAACAACGGCACUGGAUGACUCGUGGGAAAGGUUUCUCAUGGUGCAGGAAGACCCGCUUGUCGUGCCAUCGCCACUGUCCGACGUUCAGAUGAUGAUGAACGACACCAUACUCGCCGACCCUAUAACGGGAUUCUGCGAAACCGGCGAAAACUCAAUAAAUACGAUUUUCCCGACGCCGCCCACGACAACCAACGCUCAUGCCGAAUCGUUCAACGAGUCUGCGCAAGUGUCUCCAAGCGGCCCAGGAUCAAAGGUGGAGGUGAGGGCCAGCGACUGUUGCGAGAUAUGUGGAUAUCAACCAAAGGGCGACCCGCAGUGGUUCAAGGGCAGCAUGGCAAAACACAAGAAGCUACAGCACUCGACGGCGCCUCCCAAAAUAUACCGGUGUCCGUAUCCCGGCUGCACGAGCCAGUACAAGAACCGGCCGGAUAAUCUGAAGCAGCAUCAACAGGACAAGGGCCACUUUGUGGACGGAGAGACGGAGCGGAGGCCUAGCAAGAGGAAGAAGAGGGACGAAUGA